AUGAGCCCUGCCAUGGAUGCAAAGGAUGCGUUGCCCGUGUGGGCGGGGAAAGAGAAAAUUGUGCAGCGCAUCCGUGAAAAUGAUACAGUGAUUUUGGUGGGUGAGACUGGUAGUGGAAAGACGACACAAGUCCCUCAGUUCUUGCUUCAGGAAGGUAUUUUACCGUCCGAGGGCCAACAAAUGAUUGGCAUUACUCAGCCGCGUCGCGUCGCCGCUACGUCGUUAGCUCGUCGGGUCGCUGCCGAGUUGGGAUGUGCAGAUCCAGCAACACUAAAGGAAAAACAGGAUCACACAGGGGCAGGGCUUCCGGAAUGGGUCGGCUAUUCCGUUCGUUUUGAUGAUCGCACGACUCGUCACACACGCAUCAAGUUUUUGACAGAUGGUAUGUUGAUCAGAGAAAUUUUGGGUCCAUCGCCUCGUCGGCGCUCGAAAUCGACGGAACGCGCCAUGAAAGAAACGAAUGACUAUGCCUUAAAGCGUUAUUCAGUUCUCAUUAUUGACGAGGCGCAUGAGCGGUCGAUACGCACAGAUAUGGUGCUGGGACUCGCCAAGCGAAUCCAGCGGGAUAGACGCACCCGCAUUGCGGCUGGUGAGCCGAAUGUGUACCCCCUUAAAAUUGUUCUUAUGAGUGCAACCAUUGAUGCGGAGCGCUUUGCACAAUUCUUUUCUCAUGGCCAACCUGUGCCCAUUCUGUAUGUGGCAGGACGUCAACACGGAGUCCGGCUGUACCAUACAGAAGCAAGUUGCCAAGACUGGACAGAUGCCGCUGUGCGCACUGUAAUGCAGAUACAUGUAUCCAAGCCGCUGGGCGAUAUCCUCCUGUUUGCUACAGGUCAGGAAGAAAUUGAGGCCAUGGCCCAAUCUCUGAAGCACUACGCGGCCCAGCUCGACGCAUGGGCCGACGAACACGGCCAAGAGAGCGUCCCAGCACUGAUCGUUCGUCCUCUAUACGCCGCUCUAGGCCCAUCUGCAUCUGCUGCUGUGUUUGCGCCGACACCGAAGGACACACGCAAAGUUGUGCUGGCCACCAAUAUUGCCGAAACGAGUGUCACUAUUCCUGGUGUGCGCUAUGUGGUGGAUUCGGGCCUGGUCAAGGAGAAGGUCUACUCGCCUCAGACCCAUGUCGAAACGCUGCAGGUCCUGCCCGUGUCUCAGUCAUCGAGUCUGCAGCGGGCGGGUCGCGCGGGCCGCGAAGGCCCAGGCGAGUGCUAUCGACUGUAUACUCGCGAGGCGUUCCAAGAGCUGCAGCCGCAGCCGACCUCCGAGAUCCACCGCACGGAGCUGUCUGGCGCUGUCCUGCAGCUGUAUGCGAUGAGCCUCGACCCUUUUACGUUUGACUGGAUCGAGCCACCAGCCACGUCUCUGCUACACGAGGCGGUACUGCAGUUGGCCGAGCUCGGUGCUGUGGAUUCCCGCAAGGACGAGGUGCAGCUCACGCCACUAGGGUACAGACUUGCUGCACUGCCGGUUACACCUUCGUAUGCUCGUCUGCUUCUAGCCGCCGCGGAGCGAGGACCCCAUGUCGCGAGCCAGGCGCGGGACCUUGUUUCGAUCUUGUCGGCGGAUCGGGGGCUCUUCGUGGACGUGAGCGAUCCUGAGAAGCGCGAGGCUCUGGAGAACGCACGGGACCAAUUUGUGGACACGAGUGGCGACCAUGCGACGAUGCUGAAUGCACUACGAGCCUACUUGCUAGCGCAGCAGCAUGCAUUCCAAUCGCAUCCGACGCCUGCCGCGGCACGGCAGGAACUGAAGCUGUGGUGCCAGACGCACGCCAUCCAUGAGCGUACCGUGAAGAAUGUGCUGGCGAUUCGAAAACAGCUCACGCGAAUUUGUGCACAGCAUGGAAUCGAGUGUGCGGAUGGUGGGGGGGGCAAAGGCUUGGCGGGCCAUCCCGACGACGGCGACUCGGAGAGUGACGACGACGCUCUCAUCGUGACCAGACACGGUGUCAGCUCCGCUAAGGAUUCCGAGCAGAACUAUGCGGACCUACUCCAGUGCCUUGGUAUGGGCCGUCUUAGCCAUGUGGCGCUGCGCCAGCCGGACGGCAGCUUCCGCCGCAUCGCGGGGGGCCAGUCGUUCAAGCUGCACCCGACCUGUGUCCUGCACCCCUCUCGGCAUGGCGCGCGCGGCGUAUCGAGUGACAGUGUGCAGGCCAUCGUAUUUGAGGAGCUGGUGAUGACGUCGCAGACCUUCGCACGGACCGUCUCGAAGCUGGAGCCCGCGUGGCUACAGGCACUGCUGGCUGCCUCGUGA